GAAAUGGGUGGCCCUUUUAUUAGUUCAUACUUGCUAAAAUUUCCAGAUCAUUAUACAAAUUGUAUGUUUAAAGUAAUCUUUUGGAAACAGUACCUAAAAGUGUUGUUACCUGUAGAUAGUGAGAAUACUGCUAUUGUAGACAAUGAAGAUGAUACUGUACUAUUAAAUAAUGUGGGAGGCAAUAUUGUAGAAGUAUCACCCGUGCAUGACUGGAUAUAUCGGCCAUCUUUUUUUACAUCAUACUGUCUUGUUGAUUUUCUUAAAUGUACUGACAAACAUAAAGUACGUAAAAAA